AUGGUCCAGUACCCAGUCGAGGUCAGCAAUGGGACAGUGACGUUAACACCACAAUCUGUCUUUAAGAACAACACAGUCGAGCUGCAGUAUCCAGUUGAGGAAUACGCCGGGCUAGGAAUCUGGCCCUCCUCUGUCGGCGGUAUUGCAGUAGCAGCCCAGACACUCUUUGGGAGUAAUAUGUCACUCUACUUCGACUCCAUCUACGCCAUUGAUUCGACAGGCCCAAUGGCCAGCAACUACAUGAACUCAUCUGCGGAAGAUGUCGGUACUGUGAAUAUGACCUGGACCGAUCCGACGCCGGAUCUGCUCUCCGGGAUCCGCGAGCUGGCUUUCCGAGCUGCCGUCUUCAAGUCAAAUGCCUCUUAUUACCAGACAGUGAACGGAACAGAGACAGCCAUCGAGACCGUCUAUAUAGCCCAUUACAAAUUCCUGUACGCUGCCCUCGCAUUUGUGAUCUUUGGUGUUGUCGGGAUUGUGCCCCUCUUCAUGGGCUGGUGGUAUCUCGGCCGGCCCGUGUCGCUCAGCCCCGUGAAGAUCGCGAAGGCUUUCGCAGCUCCUCUUCUCCAGGGCGGAGACAGCAACGCGGACGUUAACGCACUGCUGGAGAUUUUUGGAUCUCGCGAGGUGCGGUAUGGCGCCGUGGCGGUCGCGGCCCGUCGACUUGCGCAUCCAGGAGGAGGGUUCGUCGUGACUGAUGGAUUUGGAUUGAGGCUGGAGAUCGCGGAGCAGGAGCGGUCUGAUUUAGCCCUUCUGCAAGGACUACGCAUGACUGACCCGCGCUUGCCUGAAUCACGGCUGGAGACAAAAUGGCUGGAUGCAGUGCCAAUCCAUUCCUCUCUCGUGACUGAGGCCGAAGAGGCAACGAAAAAAAAAGCCGGAUCGAUACGGUCAAGAAAGAAAGUGAAGGGGUUCCAGCUUCAAGACCAUCGAAAAAAGGCCCGCCAGUCUCUUCCAUCCGAGCCAGAACUGGUAUCGAGUCCCCCCCCCCCAUUGGGAACCACACUCGAUGAUACGACGACACCAUCGACCAGCCAGAAAAGCCUAACGAUGAGAGAUUUACGGAUUACCUAUGGAUCCGGGAAUACUCUUCGUGUCCAGGACAAGAGUUCUAGAAGGAUAUGGACGGGGAAACAGAGAAGGUUUCUGGGCCAUCUAAAGCCAUCACUUACUUACCUUAAUGGCCAUUGUACUCAUCGAUCUUCGAAAUAUGAUAGAUCCCAGAGAUUAAUGAAGAAUGAAUGUUUGGAUCGAGAACAACACUGGUCACACCAACAUAUCAAAUUAAUAGAAGGGUGCAUCGAAGGCACCCUGAGGUCGGCAGAUCAGUAUCGCCACGAAGGCGAUGAAAGCGAUUGGUGCGAAAAGGUUGCCGGAAAGAUAUUGGAGAGGAGACGAUCUGCCUGCUGUGGAGCAGCGACAUUAUAUUCGUCAAUGUCCAGAACACAUUUAAAUAUAGCGCCGGUUUCGAACAGACCGAUUCACCCAGAGAAGACAGCCGCUGUCAGCAAGCAAAUCGAUUAUGUUCUCGGACUUGCUCCCUCUAGCGAUGAACAGAGCGCCAUUCGGAAAUAUUUCCGUACCUUAAUGGCCGACGAGCAGAGCCUAAACCAGGCUCUCACAUCCAUCCCCCAACUCCCUAUCUUCCUGGAUAUCGAGGUCAAAAAGGGUGAUCAGCGAGAUCCAUUGAUCCAGGCUGGGAUUUGGUGUGCCGCAGGAGUGAAGAAGAAACUCCGCAAUCCAGAGAUUGUUGUGAAGCGCUGGGAGAUAGCCCCUCGACAACAUUCUAUGUCCACUCGAGCCACACCUUUAUCUGCUUCUAUAAUUCAUGAAGUACAGAUGACAUGUUUGAAUAAUACAGCUACAGUGACUAGAUUAAUGACUCUACCUUUUCAAAACAUAGUGGGCCGUCCUAUGGAUCCAAGCAAACCCCAUGAACGAAACUUUACCAUUACUCAACAACAGUUUCAGAAAAUUGCAGAGGAGAUCUGGGAGAAACAGGAUUUUAUCUAA